AUGUUUGUGAUAGAUGGUUCCACCUUAGAUUCUGCUCACCAGUCCGUGGUAUCAGAAGGUGCGAUUCUUUCCUGUGCCCUACAUGCACAGAAAAAGAAGAGUAACAUUGCCAUACAUAAUAGGACACCUUCGGUGGCUUAUUCACUUAUUUUGAGAUAUGCAGGUAAACCAAGUCUCGGGGAAUCUUUGGUGUCGGACAAAAUCAGUGACGUAUAUGAUUACGUCAUAGUUGGUGCUGGAUCUGCUGGUUCCGUCCUUGCGUCAAGAUUAUCGGAGGACGCAAAUUAUAGUGUUCUUCUUCUAGAAGCUGGAAAUCACUUUGAUUAUGAUAAAAAUAUUCAUAUACCAGGGCUAGCUUUAAGCUUUUUAAAAACGGAUCUAGCGUGGCAGUUCAAAAGCGAAACGGAAAACGGAAUAUUUUUAGGACUGAAGGACAAAAAGACUGUUCUUCCGAAAGGGAGACUAGUUGGUGGAACAAGUGCUAUUAAUGCUUGUGUAUAUACUAGAGGAAACCCAUUUGACUUUCAUGAAUGGGUAAAUAAGUAUGGAUGCAAAGGUUGGGGAUACAAUGAUUUAUUACCCUUUUUCAAAAAAGCCGAAGAUAUAAAGAUUCCCGGUCUGAAAACAUCAAAAUAUCACGGAAGCGGAGGACCAAUUGCAGUAUCUGGAGUAUUUUCAACACCCUUGGGGAAAUACUUCAUGAAUGCAGGAAAAGAAACAGGUUACACUGAAACAGAUUAUAAUGGCAAAAUUCAGGAAGGAUUUAGUCGAGUACAAACUAACAUUCGGAACGGAGUUCGCAGUAGUACAGGACUGGAGUACCUUGGUAAAGUAGGCAGAAGACCAAAUCUUGAUAUUUCUACCAAUAGCUUGGUAACAAAAAUACAGCUAGAACUAAAAAUAGCAACAGGUGUUUAUUUUAUCAAGCAGGGAAGAAAACAAUUUGUUAAGGCCAAAAGGGACAUAAUAUUAUCAUCAGGUGUAUUCAAUUCUCCGCAGUUAUUAAUGUUAUCAGGUGUUGGUCCAAAACGUCAUUUGCAAGAUUUAGGCAUAUCCGUGGAAACGGAUCUACCGGUUGGACAAAAAUUUGACGACCAUGUUGGUAUUGUCCUUUCAGCUAAAAUAAACCAAUCAUUAAGCCUUACCAUAGACACAUUUAGCGGUGCGCGGCCUAAAAUAGAGUAUAUGUUAUUUGGAACAGGACCUUUUACUGCUACUAGUGAAGUUACAGCGUUUAUGCAUAUCGACCAGUCCAAAAUUGGAAAAGAACGUCCGGAUAUUCAGCUGUUUUUUCCGCCUUUUAUUGUUGGUGAUAACAACUUUUUAAAUUACAACGAUUCUGUUGCAGCAGAGCUUAUCAACAAUUAUAUAAACAUACCAGGAUUUUCUGCAAUCAUAGCUUUAUUGCAUCCAAGGAGCACUGGUACCGUGCGCUUACGAAGUACUGAUCCAUUUGACAGCCCAAUAUUGGAUACAAAUCAUUUGAAAGACAAACAAGAUAUAGAAGACUUGUUAGCUGGUAUCCGUAUGUUUGAGAAGUUGAUCUCAACGAAAUCAUUGCAGAGCAUUGGUGCUGACAUAAGCAUUAAUAAAGCGUCGUUCUGCUCUCAUCACACAUUCAGAUCGGAUGAUUUUUGGAGAUGCAUGAUACAUCACAUUGCACUAAAUUUCCAUCACUCAACAAGCACGUGUAAAAUGGGAAGGAAGGAUGAUCCGACUUCAGUAGUAAAUGUAGACCUUAAGGUUCAUGGAAUCAAGAAUCUACGUGUUUGCGAUGCCUCUGUAUUUCCAGCAGUGACGUCCGGAAAUAUAAAUGCACCGGUUAUUGCAAUUGCUGAGAAAUUCGCAAAUAUGUUAAAGAAAGAGAGAAAUUGA